AAAAUUAGUAAAAUUAAUGAUAAAGAAAUAACCAACAAAACAAGCAACUAGGAUGUAAACUCAAGCAAAUGAUUAAUAAGAAGUUGUAACAGUAAGUAAAUUUUGUAAUGAUUAAAGCAAAGUUAGCAAGCAUCUAAAUACACUUUAAAUUAAAUUGUCGGUAAUGGAACAUUUGGGAUGGUUUAUUUGGUAUAAGAUAUGAAAUAGCUUAGGCAACAAACUCUUAAACAAAUGAAAAAGUGGCAAUAAAAAAAGUGUUUUAGGAUAAACGAUAUAAGAAUAGAGAGCAUUUGAUAAUUUAAGAGUUGAAUCAUCCAUGUGUUAUAAAAUUGAAAGAGGCUUUUUUCACUUAAGGAGACAAGGUAAAUUUGAAUUAUCAUUAUGAUAGGGUGAUGAUGUGUAUUUGAAUCUAGUAAUGGAUUACAUACCUGAUACGUUAAGCAAGGUUAUUAGAUAUUACAAAAAAGCUAAACAGCCAUUUCCAGCAGUUUUAUUAAAGAUUUAUAGUUAUUAAAUGUUCAGAGCAUUAGCAUAUUUAGAAGGUAAUAGUAAUAAAUAGAGAAUAGGAAUUGGUAUUUGCCAUCGAGAUAUAAAGCCAUAGAAUAUUCUUGUAGAUCCUAAUUCUCAUGUUUUAAAAAUAUGUGAUUUUGGAUCUGCAAAAAGAUUGUAGAAAGGAGAGCCAAAUGUGGCAUAUAUAUGUUCAAGAUAUUAUAGAGCUCCAGAAUUAAUUUUUGGAGCAACAGAAUAUACAACAGCUAUAGAUACUUGGUCUAUUGGAUGUGUAAUAGCAGAAAUGUUAAUUGGAGAACCACUGUUUCCUGGUGAAAGUGCAACAGAUUAGCUUGUAGAAAUCAUUAAAAUAUUGGGAACUCCUACUAUUGAAUAAGUUAAAUAGAUGAAUCCUAUGCAUAAAGAAUUUAAAUUUCCAUAAAUAAAGAAUCACCCUUGGAGCAAAGUAAAUUAAAUUUUUGAAGUUAAUUUAGGUAUUUUAGAAAUUUAAACCUGAUCCUUUAUUUGUUGAUUUGAUAUCAAAAAUAAUGUUGUAUCCUCCACGUGAGAGAUUAAGACCCUUAGAAGCAUUGUCUCAUCCUUUUUUUAAUGAAAUAAGAGAUGAAAAGUUUGGGAUUCCAAAUGUAAAACUACCUAAUUUUUUUGAUUUUACUAAAGGUAUAAAUAUGCAAUAUUGGGUAGAGGAAUUGGGAAUAUAGCCUGAAAUAGCAUUUAAAUUAACUCCAUAAUGGUAUUAGUAAAAGAGGAUAUGAACUUAAUUAUUUUU